CUGGCAUGUCCCUACAUCUUUCUACUCCGCAACGACAGGCUCUGGAGGACUUCUACGAGGACCAGUACGGGCCGCUUCACGAUGUUGUCGCCACCCACGGGCAAUAUCUCGUCUCUGGCGGCUCAACACCGGCCUUACCCUCCCAGGCCUACUUCAACCGCACCUUCUACGAAGAUCUCGUUGAGGCGUUGCGUCUGCUGCAGGAACAAAUCAUCAUGCGCCCUCAGCUCUACGGCGACGAGGCUAAGGAAUCCCGCCCUGCACAUACCCCGCCCGAGCUGCGCGCCCAGCAUCAGAGCAAGGAGGAGCUGCACCUGCGCGAAUUCAUAUACACGAUGGUUGCGCCGACGCCCAGCAGCUCUGGUGCCUCGACUCCGCGACGCUUUGAGUCUGUAGAGACGCAUGCUACGACGCCCCCGGCGCCCUUCCCACCUACACUGGUUGAAGCCACGAAAACAAUGGGUACUACGCGCAAGCGCCCGAAUGCCGAAGGAGACACGGACAUGGAGGAAGAUGCAAGGAAGAAGAAGCGGAGACAGGAUGAAGAGACACCAGAGCGUGCGCGAGAAGGUCAUAGUAGAGAUGCACGAGAACAUACCUGCAAGAUUCCAGGAUGCGAGGAAGUAGAGACUGGGAGGUCACAAGAGGAGAAGCUCGAGAUCCCCGGCGUUACAAGGGGGGGAGAUGGAGAACCUAGAGGUACAGGAGCAGGAAGCGGAGACCCCAGAGCCACAAGAGCAGGGGGUGGAGAGCUUGGAAUCACAAAUGAGGUGGAGAGCCCGGGGGCACAAGGAGAGAGAGUCGAGAGCCCUGGAGUCGCAAGAGGAGGUGGAUGCCCAGAUGGACAAAGGCAGGAGAUUGCAAGUCCGGAGCGUGUGGAAGAGACUCAGACGAGAUUACCAAAAGAUGAGAUCUGGGAGCCUCAUCGUAAGGACGACCACCACGGUGCACGGCACUACAGCGAGCGUCACUCAGUUUCUGGGCAUCCCAUUGGCAUCAGCGCCGAUCCGGACGUCAUGUCUUCGCCCUGUGGUUCCGCAUCAUCCACCCUCUCUCUCUCCUCCACUCCCACCUUGUCUACUUCAAGCCCAGAAAUUCUCUCAGGUACUCCCGCCGUCGUCUCUCCAUUCGCCGUAAAAACAUACAACACCUCCGCGUUCUCGCAUUCGCCAUUGUCAACGGCGAUCACUGCUACUGAGGAAACCGCCCGCGCCAGUCCUGGGGCAGAGGAGAGGCGAAAAGCGGGCCAAGCGGCGAGAAUCGAUGCGAGCGUGGUUGCUUUUUGGGCGCAGAGUUCGGUGUUGCAGAUGAAGCUAUGGUACUGUUCUUCGGGCCCAUAG